GCACUGAGGCGGCGGCUGCGGUGGCGCCAAGGGCGCGCCCUUGCGGCGGGCCGCGCAUGCGCGCGGGGGCAAGUGAGGCGGGAGGGGGCUGAGGCGACGGCGUCGUGUGGGGGAGCGUGGCAGGGGCGGCCGCCGCCGCCUCUUCGCCCCCAACGGGAAGGGGGAAAAAAAGGUUGUAAAUAUGCCCCCGCUGUAAGACUCGCCCGGUUCCCUGGGGAGCACAGGCUGUGCUGUCAAAAGCAUUUGCUGUUAGCCGCGUUUAUGUUCGCGUUUUCUGUCAGCGCGGUUGUGUGGGAAUGCCCCCCCGCCCUCGCCGGGUUAGCAGCAAACCUCUAACGUGAAAAUUAAGUCAAAUGCAAUUCGCGUACCGCAGCGUCUUCAUUACAGAAAGCUACAUGAGGUGUUUGUUUCAGGAUGGUAAGGCAAUGUCUGAUUUACCAGUUCUACUUUACAGGAUAGUAUUUCCAGUGCUAAAAAUACAGCAGCAGUACACAGAAGAGGAAGCUAGGAAAUUAGGAGUGGUUGGCUGGGUUAAAAAUACCAGUAAAGGAACUGUAACGGGCCAAGUUCAGGGCCCAGAAGAUAAAGUAAACGCAAUAAAUCAUGGGGGCAUGGGGAGAAGACGCUGUCUGAAAGGUAUAAUACUGUAUGGAAGUCAGGUCCUCAGCACCAAGCGUUGUACUCUACAAACCUGCUCUUGCUGGUCCCUGCUCCUGGCUAAAAGCCAUUAAGAGGAUUGGAAAACCUUUGAGACUGGCAGCAGUACAGGUCUUAAUAUCAGUUGAAGAGACAACUUUACACACUGAGUCACCACUCCCAGGCAAUGAACCGAACAGGGCCAUUACUCUUACUUUGUAGCUGACCGAUACCAACCCUAUUUAAAAACUUUGCUAACCACCGCUGCUCUGAGAGCUCUUUCUAACCUAUGGGGUGAGUGUAGAGUCAUGUGGACCGUAUUGCCUGGAUUCUGAUGCUAAAAUAGUUAUUGAAUGUAUAUUAUUUUAACAUAAAUUUGUCUCAAAUACCUAUUAAAAGUGGUGAAUGUACAUAAAGUAAUAAUUAAUGAAAAAUAAUUUGCUUUAAAAAAAAUUCUUUUGAUCAGGUGGAAUGAUUUGUAUCCUUUAGCCAGCAUCUAUCGUGGAACAGUUUCAUUAUCUGAAAGAAUUUUGCUGUAAGGGAAGUGUUUUGUAUGCCUUAGCAAACACAGUCUCUUCCAGAAUUCACUGAGGUGUGCUGAAGAGCAGUAAAUAAUAAGUAAUUGCUUGGGUCCUGGAAUUUUCUUUAAAACUGAAUUUACUUUAAAAAAGUAUCAGGAAAGAGUGCAAUUUGAAUGUUACGUAGUAAGAUCAUAAAACAGAGAUUUAGGUGUUCUUUAUCACAUUUUAUACAAAAAUCCUCAGUUUUUAGAGCAUGUUACUUUGGAGCAACCUACAAAGUGAUUUCUGUAGAAGCACAUGAGUGAUUCUGUUUGUGUCCUUAUUUGAAAGUGUACUUAGUUCUUUGUUUCUCUUACUUCCACCUGUGAGCGUAUGGAUCAAAGUGAAGGCUUGUUCAUCUUCACCUGUCGCUUGAUCUUCCAUCAUACACUGGAGAUGUUCUGUGUCAGGUUUUACCAUGAUGUGAGACUUGACUGCACACCCUUUAUUCCUGCCAUCUACAAAGUACCCAGCAACUGAGUAACCUCAUCCGGAGGUUUAAAGUGGUGUCCUCAUUCUCCAUAGACUCUUCUGCCAAUGUUCAUGCAGACUGUGGCCCUUUUGAGCAUAAUGGUGAAGACCGGAGGAUAUGAAUGCUGAUGUUCUGUCUUUAACUGUGCAUAUUUAGGGACACAAUUAUUGUUCAUACUUACUUGCUCUAUCUUUGCUGCAUUUAAUUCUGCUUAAAACAACUUCUUUUCUUUCCUCUGUGCUUUUUGUUGAUGAGUAGUUCUCUAUUCUGUCCUAAGUACCAAUAGUUCAUAAGGAAACAUUGUGCCAGCUGCAUCUUUGAUGCACUAGCAAGGAUCUGGGAUUUUUGACUGUCAGAACUUUCUUGUGGAGCUAAUGGCAAGCAACAUAAGUUAAAAGCUGUGUUCACAGUGCUCAAGCUGCAUGAUGAAGUGUAUAUGUGGCAAGGUAGCCUUGAUUUGUGAGAGUAACAGUAAUAGAGAUGGAGGAAGAACUGGAGGGACAAAAAGAUUUUUCCACAUAUAAAUGAAUUGGAAAGCUACCCAUUAUUCUGAAUUAAGUGCUCUUUGCAUCCCCUUUAGCACCUAUGUCUAUGUUUGGGGCUGGUGCCCAGCCAGAUUUCUAUCAGAAUUGUGUGGCUGUUCUGUUUAAACGUAGCAACUUUGAACUGUUUAUGGUUUGUUAAAACUACAGUCAUGUAACCAUUUUUGUCCCAUAUGCUCAUAGUAAAUAUAAUUGUAUUAAAACUAUACAUAGAGAUCAAGGCCUGAAUUGUUUAUGCAUAGUUUUCUGUUCCGGUAAUUUGUUCUGCUUAGCGUUCUCCCUGUUACUUUUUUUUUUCCCACUGUAUUUUUUCUUAAUCUUGUCAGUAAGUGUUGUGUACAUGUUUAAGGAAAAGAAAAAGUUACUAUUUUCCACCAAGUGCCCUGUUGCUUCAGGGUUUUGUCUGUUUCCUACUUGGUAUUUGCUGGUCAUACCAGUGGUGUAUCAAUUGUAUGUCUGGGAAAAACGCAUUACUUUUUAUCCUAAUAAAAUCAAUGUUCUGCAUUUUGUGAAAGGUAAGAAACUGUCAUCCCUUCAUCCAGUUCUUGGAUGCCAUCCAGCCUUUUGGAUACAUCGGUGCUGUGGUUUUGGAGAGAAUCUGCUCUAGCAAUUUGGAGUGAACUUUCUCUGUCUCCAGACACAGUGAAGGAGCAGCAGAUAGGCCCAGCACUGUAACUCAGGUUUGAAUGUAUGGAGAGGAGUCUUAAGGUUUUUUUCUCUACCAUUAAUUACAAUUUGAUUAGUUGGGCAGGGUUUUUCUGGCUUUGUUUUUAUCAUUUUACUGCUGCUGUAAGAGCAAGGCAAAGCAGUAGAUAGUAAUAUUUAGUUAAAUAUUCUGAAUAUCAACCGUAAUCAUGUUGCUUUUUGUCUGGAUUAAGAAGGGUGUUGCCUCUUCAAGUUCAUACUGGAUUCCUUUGCCCGAGAAGCUAAAUCCAGAUUUCAUAAGCUAUUAUACUUAAUCCUUGAGUUAGUUAUAUUGAGAUAUGCUUACCAGUUGUUUUGGGUAUAUUUGUAAUGGAUCAGGCUCUUGGGUUAAAUUCUUAUAAGUGAAUAUCCUGAAUAGGAAGCUAUUUAAGUGGGUGGUUAGCUUUCAUAGACCUUCACUGAACUGAUUUUUAACAUGUCUUGAAGAUGAAGCACUGUUGGCAGCUGAAAUAAGAAAUGGACCCUUCACUAUUUAUGAAUUUUGGGGCUUUGUCUUCCAGUUUUGGAAAGCUGAGUCAUGAAAAAGGUCCAACAAUUCAAACAAAAAUGGGGUGGAAAUAAUUAUUUUAAAGCUGAAAUGUGGAGUUUUAUCUAUUUUGGGGGAUAAAAAAUUAAGAAAAUGUGGUAGUAUUUUUCUACAUACUGUAUCAGAAUAUAUGGAUAAAUAAGCAAACUUGCAAGAAGGAAUAAAGGUGGUUUCUGUCAUUAAAGCAAAGGAGAAUGAAAGAAUAGAAUUAUUUGUACCAUAGCAGUAAAAAAUCUGUCAAUACUUGAAUUAUGAACAUUAUGAACUCUUGUUUCCAUUGUUUAAGUAAACCAAAAAAUAUGUAGGCAAGACUGCAACAU